AUGGAAGCGUCAGAGGGUGAUGGGAUACCAGGUCGGCCCAGGUACGAGGACCUCUGCGGGGCAGAGGUCAGCUGGCUGGCAGCGCGAGGCUUGGCUCUGCCCCCAGCCAGUGCCGCACAGGGCUGCUCGGCAGCUGCUUGUCUGGCCCCAUCUCUGCAGACCCCCCAGAGCUGGCACCCGAGAGCCCAGGGUCUGGCACUGCUAGGGCUCGGGAUAAAGCAGGACAUGAAAGAGGCCCCUGACAGGGUGUUGGAAUCCCCGAGUCCGCAGGACUGCGCUGUCACUGCGGACACCAGCGUAGGAGAGACAGGUGUAAGCAGAAGGAACCCAGGGCCCAGAGCAGAUGGGCCAAUGGGCAGCCACGUGGAGACACGGGCCCACGCUGAGGAGCGGCUCCUGAAGAAGCUCUUCUCCGGCUACAACAAGUGGUCGCGGCCCGUGGCCAACAUCUCGGACGUGGUCCUUGUCCACUUCGGCCUGUCCAUCGCCCAGCUCAUCGACGUGGACGAGAAGAACCAGAUGAUGACCACAAACGUGUGGGUGAAGCAGGAGUGGCAUGACUACAAGCUGCGCUGGGACCCCGCCGACUAUGAGAAUGUCACUUCCAUCCGAAUCCCCUCCGAACUCAUCUGGCGGCCCGACAUCGUCCUCUACAACAACGCGGACGGGGACUUCGCGGUCACGCACCUGACCAAGGCCCACCUGUUCUACGACGGGCGAGUGCAGUGGACACCCCCGGCCAUCUACAAGAGCUCCUGCAGCAUCGAUGUCACCUUCUUCCCCUUCGACCAGCAGAACUGCACCAUGAAGUUCGGCUCCUGGACCUACGACAAGGCCAAGAUCGACCUGGUGAGCAUGCACCGCCGCGUGGACCAGUUGGACUUCUGGGAGAGCGGCGAGUGGGUCAUCGUGGACGCCGUGGGCACCUACAACACCCGCAAGUACGAGUGCUGCGCGGAGGUGUACCCCGACAUCACCUACGCCUUCGUCAUCCGCCGCCUGCCGCUCUUCUACACCAUCAACCUCAUCAUCCCCUGCCUGCUCAUCUCCUGCCUCACCGUGCUGGUCUUCUACCUGCCGUCCGAGUGCGGCGAGAAGGUCACGCUGUGCAUCUCGGUGCUGCUCUCGCUCACCGUCUUCCUGCUGCUCAUCACCGAGAUCAUCCCGUCCACCUCGCUGGUCAUCCCGCUCAUCGGCGAGUACCUGCUGUUCACCAUGAUCUUCGUGACCCUGUCCAUCGUCAUCACCGUCUUCGUCCUCAACGUGCACCACCGCUCCCCGCGCACGCACACCAUGCCCGCCUGGGUGCGCAGGGUCUUCCUGGACGUCGUGCCGCGCCUGCUCUUCAUGAAGCGGCCGUCUGUGGUCAAGGUCAACUGCCGGCGGCUCAUUGAGUCCAUGCACAAGAUGGCCAGCGCCCCGCGCUUCUGGCCCGAGCCCGAGGGCGUCCGUGGCUGCGGCCUGCCGCCCUCCCCUACCUUCUGCGUGCCCCUGGAUGUCCCAGGUGAGCCGCAGACAGCCUGCGAGUCUCCCCUUUCCGCCCGGGUCCCAGCUCUGCAGCCAUCCGAGGCCCCAGCCUCCAGUCCCUGCCCCUCGCCCAGCAGCACCGGCACCCCAGGGCUCACCAAAGCCAGGUCUCUGAGUGUCCAGCAUGUGCCCAGCCUCGGUCAUGCAGCAGAGGGCGGGGUCCGGUGCCGCUCCCGGAGUAUCCAGUACUGCACUCCCCGGGACACCGCCACCUCCACGACUGAUGGUUCUCGGGCCUCUCAGAAGGCCCCGUCGGCCGAGCUCCCACCGCCAGACCAGCCCUCCCCGUGCAAGUGUGCGUGCAAGAAGGAGCAGCCCACGGCCUCCGCAGACGCCUCACACACAGCCCUGCCCCGGCACCCGCCCUUGUCGCCAGCCCUGACGCGGGCAGUGGAGGGCGUCCAGUACGUUGCCGACCACCUCAAGGCAGAGGACACAGACUUCUCCGUGAAGGAGGACUGGAAGUACGUGGCCAUGGUUAUCGACCGCAUCUUCCUCUGGCUGUUCGUCCUCGUCUGCCUGCUGGGCACCGUGGGCCUCUUCCUGCCCCCCUGGCUGGCCGGUAUGAUCUAGGGAAGCUGCGACUGCUGCGUCCGGCCGCCUGGCUCUGCGGGGCCAAGCAUCUGCCAAGUCGCCCCGCCUUCGUACCUGCCCUAAGACGACGUGGGAAGGAUACGCAGCCCCCGGGGAGCCGCCAGUUGGGGUGCCGCCCCCGGCAGGCUGAGGCCCCAGAGGC